GUGUGUGUGGGUAGAGUUUUGUUGUUGGAAUGUCCAUUCCGCUUAUCCGACAUUUCCACUUUGGUUGUCCACUCGUAUUUGUGCAUUUGGCAAAAAGAGUCGUGAGAGUCAAGGUCUUGUUGUUUGUUGUGGCAUUGGUUGGGUUCUUGUUUGACCUCUAGUCGUUUUUCGGUUUGCGUUUGGUGGGGUGAUGGUGUUUCAUACGAAUGGUGGGCUGGAAGGGGAACGGGGUGUCACGACCUCUGCUCCCCAUCCCUUUCAAGCCGCCGCACAAACACUUCUCAGCGCACUGGAAAACUUGAUGCUCAUUGACGAACAUGGGCAUUCACGGACCCAAACAACCCUGUCAGCACGCGGCGAUGCGCUAUUCCAUCCCGGUAAACGUCGACCCUCUGAAAAAACACCACGACAAACCGACGACGAAAUGGAUAUCGACGAAACAGAAAAAGAGUCAGAUCGAUCCCCGUUGAAACGAAAACGGGAUGCAUCGGCGUUUCCAUUACCGGAUGCCAAAUCCCAUCGUAUCUCUGCUGCUCUUUCUUCAAGGCUACAGCGGAGCUUACGUGUUGCAGAGGGCACGGACGAUCCAUUACUUCCUACCCCCAUUGAACCCACCGACUCAUCCCGCCCAAAUUUUCCCAGACGCACCACAACCCGUCGUCCCUCCCGCCCACCACGAAACGACAGCGUCACCUCCCUCGACACAGACAUGCACGCAACAGAUCUCAUCCGUGAUAUGAGCGCCUCCUCCCUUUCCUCGCCCAUUAGCCCCGUGUUUGGUUUAUCCCGUGGAAGCAGUUACUCCGAACUAGCCGACCCCAUGUCCAUUACAGCGUGGAUUGAAUGCCAGGCCCGUCGGAACCACAUGUCAGUCCCCAAAAUGCAAGACGCGUGGAACGAAAAGCGGAAAGAGUUGGAAUAUAAUUUAACGCUCCUUGCUAAUGGAGUCCCGAGUGAUUCUUAUCAGGAUUUGAAAAGUAUUACGGAAAAGAUUAUGGAGAGUGCCAAGUGGCUUUCGGUUGGGAAUUUGGAUGAGCUUGGUGACCUGGUUCCCCUCUGGCGCAUGAUGGAACCCAACAUUGACAAUGUAGUCCACUACAUCCGCAUUGUCGAAGACAUGAAAUCCACCAUCCAAACCUCCUUCCACAUGACAGGCUGCCUCCCAACAGACCUAACCCGCAUGCGCACCUGCCUAGACGAAAAGAAACACUUGUGGGGCACGACACUCUCUGAUGACGCGAAUGCAUGGCGGGUCCUUGGUUUUCCUGUGGAUGAAUUGCGGGGUGUGUUGGCUGCGGCUGCUGCGUGGAUGUACGGACUGGCAUGGGCAUGUUUUGUCCAGAUUGAUAAUGAAGUGAAUCGAUUGGAUCGACCUGAUGGAAUUCAAUCCUUGAUGGACCCAAUUUUCUCUGCCCUCCUCUUUGCCAAAGACUGCGCCGAAUUCAUCCAAAAACCAUUUUACCCCCGCGUUCUCAUCGCAGCGUAUACCCUCACAACCCUCUACACAACAUGUACCCUCACAGCCUUUUCCCAACUCCUCCAACGCUCCAAUAAACCCCGAACCGAAGUCCGCGUUUUACACCUCUUUGGCAACCUUGUUCGUAUCCUCGACGGUAUCCAUCUCAUGCGGGGCCCACCCAUCGAUGAUCCAGCUUUAGAUUCAGUGGCACAAUCAACAGUUGAAGCGGGUCUCCAGUUGUGUGAAUACGUUGCUGCGAGGAAUUGUGUGGAGGGUGUGGGUGGGCGACAUGUUUUACUGGUAGAUCUUGUGUGUCGGUUUGUGGGUGCUGUUGUACGGAUGGGCAAGAGUGCGGGGGAUGAGGAGCGGUUAAAGAGGCUUUUGGGACGGGUGCCGGUUGAGAGUGGGUGAAGCCUCUCAUAAAAAACAAUUGUGGGAUGUUUGUGUGUGAUUGAGGAAUUUGGUUUGUAAAAUCUCCCUUUUUAACAGAUUGGAUGUCAGGGA